AUGUCCAUCUCUUUCCUUCAUCUUGCGAUUUAAUGGAUAAACAGGAGCGUAGCCAUAUGUGACCGUGUCCAAAGAGCGCAGGGAUCCCUGCAGAGGCUGCUGGGGCCGCAGAGGGAUGCGCAGCUCCUCUGUUCAGCCAGAGCCCAGCUCCGUGGUGCUUGUGCUGUUGGUUUGUUUUAGGCCCAGGCCAUGUGAGAGCUGAGCUGGGAUGGAGCGCGACUCACACACCCCGUGGGAGUUCAAUGGCUCCUUCUACCAACCCUCAGCUCUCCUCAUGAUGGGCAUCCCGGGCCUGGAGGCCCUUCACCCCUGGAUCUCCAUCCCUUUCUGUGCCCUCUACCUGACCGCUCUGGUGGGCAACWGCGUGAUCCUGUUCAUCAUCAGGAGGACCCAAAGCCUUCACGAGCCCAUGUAUUAUUUCCUGUCCAUGCUGGCGGUCACCGACCUGGGCCUGGCUCUCUGCACCCUGCCCACCACCCUGGGCCUCUUCUGGUUCGACGUGCGCAGGAUUGGCUUCGACGCCUGCCUCACCCAGAUGUAUUUCAUCCACAUCCUGUCCUUCAUCGAGUCCUCCGUGCUCCUGGCCAUGGCCUUUGACCGCUUCAUUGCCAUCUCGCACCCCCUGAGACACCGGUCCAUCCUGACCAAGACCACUGUCCUAAAGAUCGGCCUGGCCAUYGUGCUCAGGGGGAUGGUCUCGCUCCUUCCCAUUCCCUUCCUGCUCAAGAGACUGACCUACUGCGGAAAGACGGAGCUCUCCCACUCUUUCUGCUUCCACCCCGACAUCAUGAACCUGGCGUGUGCAGAUAUAAAGGUCAAUGUCUUCUACGGGAUGAUYAUUCUCUUGUCCACCGUGGGGAUGGACUUCAUCUUCAUCGUGCUGUCCUACAUCCUCAUCAUCAGAACCGUGGUCAGCCUCGCCACCAAGGAGGAGUGCCUGAAGGCUCUGAACACCUGCGUGUCCCACAUCUGUGCUGUCCUUGUAUUCUUUAUCCCCAUGAUCGGGCUGUCCAUGAUCCAUCGCUUUGGAAGGAACGUUCCCCCCCUUGUUAACACCUURGUGGCCUACACCUACCUUAUCAUUCCCCCCGCCCUCAACCCCGUUAUCUACAGCAUAAAAUCCACCCACAUCCGGGAGGCUUUGCUCAGGGCCCUGUGCAGGAAGAGUGCGUCUGACUGGUAACCUCCUCCAGCAGUCCUGCCACAAAGUGCUGAUGGACUGGUCACUCAGUCACAGCUCUGGGACUGGUCUGGAACUGGUUCCUCAGGCACAGCUCUGGGACUGGUCUCUCAGUCAACCCACUGGAACUGGUUUCUGGGUUGGAGCUCUUGGCCUGGUUUCCCAGUCAGAGCUGGUGGAGUGGUCUCUUGGUGCUUCAUCCGUGCAGGUCACUGCAGAGGAAAGAACUGCAGGUCCACUGGGAUGCUGUCCCUCAAGCCAGAGCUGUGAAUUUUCAUGCUGUGUCCUAGUAUGGUGCUUUCAUCCCUUCCAGCAGCUGGCAGACACCCCAAGAUUAGYGAUACAGCCAGAUGGAAGCCCCCGUAAGAGGGAGGCAAUUAAAGAAAAAUGGGCCUCUUGACUUGCUCUUUUCAAGUGAUGUGAUGGGAAGAUCAAGGAGCCUCCUGUGUGUGAGGCAAACUUGGAGCAGAUAAUGGGGUGUAACCUUCACUGAGAGACCUUGCACAGAGUCAUCGUCCCCUUGCCGUGUGUCACAGCCCAGCUGAGCUGGCAGCAAACCCCACAGGACGGGCUAUGGGCCGAGAGCUGGGGGCCACUCUGGCCAUCCGUCACUGAUUGUUCAUCUGGAAACAUCUCCCAAGGGGCAGCCCAGUGCAGAGACUGAGCACAGAGCAUUUCUCAUUAGGUGCUGUUGAGGGGCCCAGAGCGCUCUCAGCCCUUCUGGACAGCCUGCUCAGCCAUCAUUCACGUGUCUGGAGUGCCAUGCCCAUCCCCAUUCMGGGAACAGCUGCUUUUGUGUCUCUUUUGGAUGUCUUUGAGUCUUACCAGCUUGCCAAGUCUCAUGAAUGUCCCAGUCACUGUUGUGCAUUGAAUGCCAUGUACGUGCAGCAUCUACAAUAAAACCCAUCUAUUCCUUGUGAAAGGUCACAAAACUUGAUGAAGCUUUUUUUCUGUCUAUACAAUGCAGAAAUAUUAGGUUGGAGUUGCCUAAAAUCUUCAGGGGUGCUGCAGAUAAGCAGGACUGUAUGAGUCAGGGGUGUGUCCCUGUGUGGGUUUGGGGGUCUGGUGAAGCUGGAAACUCUCAAAAAUAA